AUGGGCGGCUUGCUGAGCGGGGUCAGCGUCAAGGAGCCCAGCACGGUGGAGGACUGCGACUCGACGUGGGAGACGGACUCGGAGCCGGGGGAGGGCGGCGGAGGGCAGCCGCUCGAGGGGCCGGGGGGCGGCGGCGGCGGCCAAGCCGAGGACCCGCUUGAGGAGGGACCCCAGGAGCCGGGGGGACCGCGCCCUGCGCCAAGCGCCCGGCCGGGAAACCCGGAGGAGGCGGUGGAAAACACUGAGCUGGAAGGGGAGGAGGACGACGACGAGGAGGAGGAGGAGGGCGGCGAAGACGACGACGACGAGGAGGAGGAAGGAGGAGGGGGGCGCGAGGAAGGAGAAGCUGUCAACCCCGAGCAGGGGGAUGAUGCAAUUGAAGUGACAGCUAAACCAAAGAGAAGCUUUUAUGCUGCAAGAGAUUUGUAUAAAUAUCGGCACCAAUAUCCACAGAACUUUAAAGAUCUACGAUAUCAGAAUGACUUGUGCAACCUCCGCUUUUACAAGAAUAAAAUUCCCUUUAAACCUGAUGGUGUUUAUAUUGAAGAAGUCCUAAAUAAGUGGAAAGGAGACUACGAAAAGUUGGAGCACAACCACACUUACAUACAGUGGCUUUUUCCUUUAAGAGAACAAGGACUAAAUUUCUAUGCAAAGGAAUUAACAACAUAUGAAAUAGAGGAAUUCAAAAAAACAAAAGAAGCAAUUAGAAGAUUUCUGUUGGCUUACAAAAUGAUGUUAGAAUUUUUUGGAAUAAAAUUAAUUGAUAAAACUGGGAAUGUAACGCGAGCUUCUAACUGGCAAGAGAGAUUCCAGCACUUGAAUGAGUCUCAACAUAACUACUUGAGAAUCACCCGUAUUCUCAAGAGUCUUGGUGAACUUGGGUAUGAGGGUUUCAAACCUCCCCUUGUGAAAUUUAUUCUCCAUGAAGCUCUUGUGGAAGAUACCAUCCCCAACAUUAAGCAAAGUGCUUUGGAAUAUUUUGUGUACACCAUCAGAGACCGAAGAGAAAGAAGAAAACUUCUGCGAUUUGCCCAGCAAUACUAUACACCCUCUGAUCAUUUCAUAUGGGGCCCACCAAGGAAACAGAAGUGCGAAGGAAGCAAACCGAGUAAGAAGCUAGCAUCUCCAGUUUCCCUUCGCAACAGUUGUACUUCUAAACAUAAGAAAAGAGACUCCAAGAAUGCAUCUGCAUUUUGUAACUCAAGUGGCAAACCGAAUGAUGAGAAAAGGCCGGGACCUAUUAAAAAUGAGGAGGAUCACACCAGGAAACGCAGCAGCUCUGAGGCUGCUAAGCAGAGCAACGGUGAAAAGAACAGUGACCUUGAAUGUCAGAACUCCAAACUGGAAGGACCUGUCAGUCCUUCGGACCAAAAGGAAAAUAUUUCCCAUUUCAAAAAACAUAAAGGUAAAAAUGAUGAAAAUCUGAACCAAGAUUGUAAAAAUCCUGAAGGCAUAGAAAAAGAUUCUUGCGGUAGUCAUUGUGGUCCAACUGACACAUCAACUGAUCUGCAAGACAGUGUAGGUAAGGAUAAAAAUCCAGUGGGAUCAAACUCAAAAAGCAAAGAGGAGACUCCAGCAUUAAUUCAGACAUCCCAGUAAACCCAGUCUCCUGCUGAGCAUGACAAAAUGGUGGAUUCUUUUCAUUUCUAUGAAA